ACAGCUUUAAAAGUCAAAAUUGUCAUUUGAAUAUUUCAAAAAUUUCUGUAUAAGUUUUGACAAACUUUGAAAAUGUUAGAAAAAAAUGCAAAAAUUUCAGUGUUGCGAACAAUGAUCGGCUUAGGCGAAGAGAUCGAACCACAUUUUAUCGUACCGCAGAACUCAAUUUCGAAUAUACGCCAAAAAAUGGGACUAAGCGAACGCACGGGCAUAACGAGUACUCCGACGCCAACACUCAUACCGUUGGAGAACUCAUUGCGCAGCACACAACCGGCGACCGUUAAGUGUCCGCAUUGCGAGAGCAUGGCAAAGAAUUUCCUCUAUCUCGAGAGUCUCAUACGCAACAACUACAAUCCAAAAUCGCAGUGUGGCCUUUGCUACUCAUCGCUCAAGUAUCUGCAGUAUGUGAACAAGAGUAUUAUGCAAGUCUUUGGCAAUUUUGAAAGUAUCGCCAAUGCCGCCAACACAUUUACCGGCACCCAUCGGCCGCGUGCACCGAUCGCUAGUGCGCCUGUACGCGAUACACGUGCGAUCACAGCCAAAUCGCCCGCCAAAGUUGGUGCCGCUAAAAAGAGCGCAACGAAGAAGCAGCUGAAGGAUGGCGUCAAAGUCUCACGUCCAGUUUUGCAGACAAACACCAAGAGUGUGAGUAAUGCACGCUUGGCGGGUGGCGCUAAGCACGUCGCCAAAGCGCGCAGCCAUCACGCGCCCGCUAAGCAUAAGACGAAGAAUAAUAAGAAGGCAAGCAAUGCGCGUCUGCCGGGCGGCUUUGAUGGCAAGCGUAAGAAGUCGGCGCUCACAAAGCCGCAAAGCGUCAAGCAGAAGAAUGCGAAGACAAAGACGAAGCACGUCAAAGUAAACGCACCAAAAACUAGAAAAUAAUAUGAAGAUCAGUUCGAGUAGAGAUAACGAUAGCUUGCUAACUUGCAGAGCAUAAACUUUUGUAGCAAUCAGUGAUUAACGAGUUUUUAUUUUUUUAGUAUGAUUUUUUUCUCUUUUGGCAAUCUAAAUUAAAAUUCAAAUGUGAUUUAGUUUUUUUUUUAGUUUGUGGGUAUAUUGAAUAAAAUUUUAUUUAAAAAAUUAA